CACUGGUUCCCAGGAAGCCCCGAUCGCUUUGGCGAGGGAGAAGGGUGGCGGGUCUGAGCCUUUUCUAGGAGCAGUCCUUAGCGCCGGACCCUUUUCUAGGAGCAGAAUUAUGGAGGACAAUGAUGACAGUGAAGCAAAGCUCAGAGAAGAAAUAGAAGCUGAACUGGAUAAAAUCAGCAUUUCUUCCUCGGAAAACGAUGAGGUUGAAAACGAUUCAGAAUCAGAAACUCAGAGUGAUGAUAGUGAUACUGAUCUAAUUGAAUUGCCAGAGUCAGUCCUUCACUGUAUCAAUGUCAUAAAGAACAAGAGUAAAUCUGCUGAAGAACUCUUUCUUCAGGACUUAGAAGACACUGAUGUCUUCAGUUGUAGUUAUGGUACAGUUUCUAACUAUCAUAUGCAUUUGAGGACUGGAUCAGCAGCCGAAGCAAAAGCAAAUUCUGAGCAGUUAAUGAAGAUAUUAUCUGUAAUAGAAAAGGAAGAAUUUAUGAGAAGUCUAACUCAUUCUGCCAGAUCUGAUUCUGUUCCUGAGCCUGUUAUUUUUGACACACCCAUGGAUGAAUGUAUUUUAUCAGAUGAUGCUGAUUUGAGUUUUGGAUACUUUGAAGUAGAAGAAAGAUGUAGAAAGUCUUUUGAAGCUUGGCAGGACAAGCAAAAAGAACUUGAAGAUAAAGAUAAAGAAACUCUCAAAGCUCAGAGUGAUCUAGAAAAACAGAAAUUUCAAGAAGAUGAUGAAAAGAGACAUUUCUGGAUAAAACAGUUUGAAGCUGAGAAGGAAAAAUUAGAAAACCUUCAGAAGAAAGACCAGGACAAAAUGAAUGAUGAACUUCAUAAAGAAGAGAAAAUAUGGAAAGAAAAAUAUAGAGAGCAUGAGGAACGUAUUAGAAACUUGCAUUUACAAAUGGAAGAGGAAAGAACAAGAUUAAGAGAGCUGCAGGAAAAAGAAAAAGCGCGUUUGCUAAAUUUGCAGCACAAUGCAGCUGUAAAAAUUCAAGCUACAUAUAGAGGAUUUAUAACUUACCAAAAAUAUAGCCCGAUCAUAAGAGAGCAAAUAGAAAAUAAGAAAAGGAAAGCCCGGGAGUGGAAAGAGAAGGAAGCGAAGAUCCGACAAAAGGAGGAAGAAAGAAGAAGAAGAAUUGAAGAGGAGCAGAGGAUUGAGGAGGAGAGAAAGAAGAAGAUGCUGGAGGAGAGGAGGAGGCGGGAAAGGGAAUACGAAGAGAAAAAGAGCAUCCUGAGACAAGAAAGAGAAGAACAACGAAACAGGGAAAAAAUGAGACCCAGGGAAGAUGCCCGCCAACCGCUGAUCAUCAGCUGCGCUGUAAGGAAGGGAGAAGGUCAUACCAAGCAGCUAGCUGUGGCAAAUGUGUCAAACAAUAAGGUUGCUAAAGCUGAAGAAUUAGCGGACACCAAUUCAAAGAAGCAAGAAGCUGUUUGUUUAGUUCAGCAAUCAAACAAGAGAGAAAAUGUGCGUAAACAGCUUGCAUUGAUGGAACCAACAGGAGUAAAAUUAAAACCAAGCCAGGCAAUAUUGGUGGAAACAAAAAUGAGUGCAAAAAAUGAAAACUUACCAAAAUUUAAAAUGAAUGAAAAUGUACCAAAACUAAAAAUGAAUGAAAAAAGUGAGAAUUUACCAAAGAAACAGUGUUCAGAAAAACUGGUUAACCGGGAAAUUAACUUAGAAAAUAUGGACCAAAAAUAUGAAUUGAAAAACUCAGACCUACAGGAAAAUGUCAAUACACAGUGCCAGGAGCAAGAACGGAAGUCCCAAACUCAAAAACAGGUAAAUGUGGAUCACGGCACAAAGGAGAAUGUAGGACAAGAAACCCAAAUAACGUUUGGGUUUGCAGUGACAGAAUCAGUAGGAGUAGAAUUAAAAACAAGUCAGGCGAUUUUGACGGAAUUAAAAAUGAAUGAAAACUUACCAAAAUUAAAAAUGGAUGAAAAAAGUGAGAACUUACCAAGGAAACAGUGUUCAGAAAAACUGGUUAACCAAGAAAUUAACUUAGAAAAUAUAGGCCAAAAAUAUGAAUUGAAAAACUCAGACCUACAGGAAAAUGUCAAUACACAGUGCCAGGGGCAAGAACGGAAGUCCCAAACUCAAAAGGAGGAAAAUGUAGAGCAAGCCACAAAGGAGAAUGUAGGACAAGAAACUCAAAUAAUGUUUGGGUUUGCAGUGACAGAAUCAGUAGGAGUAGAAUUAAAACCAGGCCAGACAAUUUUGGCAGAAUUUAAAAUGAAUGAAAACUUACCAAAAUUAAAAAUGGAUGAAAAAAGUGAGAAUUUACCAAUGAAACAAUGUUCAGAAAAACUGGUUAACCGGGAAAUUAACUUAGAAAAUAUAGACCAAAAAUAUGAAUUGAAAAACUCAGACCUACAGGAAAAUGUCGAUACUCAGUGCCAGGGACAAGAACGGAAGUCCCAAACUCAAAAACAGGAAAAUGUGGAUCACGGCACAAAGGAGAAUGUAGGACAAGAAACCCAAAUAAUGUUUGGGUUUGCAGUGACAGAAUCAAUCGGAGUAGAAUUAAAAACAAGUCAGGCGAUUUUGUCAGAAUUAAAAAUGAAUGAGAAAAAUGAAAACUUACCAAAAUUAAAAAUGGAUGAAAAAAGUGAGAACUUACCAAAGAAACAAUAUUCAGAAAAAUUGGUUAACCAAGAAAUUAACUUAGAAAAUAUAGGCCAAAAAUAUGAAUUGAAAAACUCAGACCUAAACGAAAAUGUCAAUACUCAGUGCCAGGGGCAAGAACGGAAGUCCCAAACUCAAAAGGAGGAAAAUGUAGAGCAAGCCACAAAGGAGAAUGUGGGACAAGAAACUCAAAUAAUGUUUGGACACAAACAAGAAAUGAGUGAAGAGGACAAUACUGGAGCACAGGAGAUCAUCAAUGAUAAUCAAGAGAGACCAGAGCAAGAUAGAUCAUUGUAUAAAGAGAAUUGUUCUUCAACUAUUUCCAUGCAAAAAGACCCACUGUCACUAAUACUUGAAAAUCCUGCACCUGCAGAAAGAAAUGUAAUGUUGGAAGCCAAAGAGAUUGAUUUAAAAUCAAAAAGAAUUGAGGAAAUCCCGAAGAACAAUGUGCUGCCCUGCGAUACUGUGAUCAUGAACUCAAAAGCCUUCGUGCAUACAGAAGGCAACACACAUCAGCAGGGUUCUGUCUCAGGCCAACUGGCUCCCAGUGAAGAGGCUGGCAGUCACAGUGCUAAUAGCCCCCUGGUCACUGCAGAAGGGGACUGUCCUAAGUCGGAGAUUAAAGACAUUUCAGAACAAUGGAAGCAAACUAAGGCUCAAAGGGACAGUGGCCUGGCCUGCUCUCUUUCACAGGCAACAGUUUUAUCUUCAGUUGAGGAAAGGAGACUGGCUUGGAUAAAGUCAUUUAAACCUUGGCCUGAAAUCUUUGAGCAAAAUCAACUCAAGGAAGUCAUUAAAAAAAAGAGACUUGUCAAGUGUCCAACAAAUACAAUGCCUCCUUUGGAUGCAUCAGCCAUUCUCCGGCAUGGCCCUUGGAAUACUUUACAGCAGGUUACAGCCAUUACAUUUCAGGACUUGCCUGGCUGUAGUCUUUCUACACUAGCAGAGUGCACAAAUCUUCAGCUUCUGUCUCUCCGACGCUGUGGGUUAACUUCUUUGCAUGGCCUGACCCACUGCAAAAAACUUAAGUACAUCGAUGCACAGGAAAACCACAUUGAGACUAUCAAUUGUGAAAAUUUGGAAAAUCUCCGUGCUGUUCUUCUUAAUCAAAACCUGCUGACUUCUAUUCAUGGCUUGGAUGGAUGCACUAAUAUCCAUAACCUUGAACUUUCACAUAACAAAAUCACUCGAAUCAGUGGUUUAGAACAUUUGAAAUACCUUCAGCGACUAACUGUGGACCAUAAUCAGUUAAUUAGCACUAAAGGUCUUUGUGAAGCACCUACCAUCAUAUACCUGGAUUGUUCACAUAAUCAUCUUACUGAUAUUGAAGGCAUUGGAAAUUGUGGAUUGCUCCAAAUAGUAAAGUUGCAAGGCAAUUACCUAAGAGAGCUUCCAUCCUUAAAGAAUCAUGUUCUGCUUAGAGAACUGCAUCUGGACGACAACAGCAUUGUGAACGUGGAAGGACUUUCUUCAUGUUGGCUGCCUUUACUGCAAGAUCUGAGUAUCUCUCAAAACAGUUUAACAACAAUUGUACCACUUUUUCAUUUUGUGUCUUUGGAAAAACUAGAUGUCAGCAACAAUUGUCUUUCUGAUCUGACAAGUGUCAUGUGUUGGUUCAAUGCAUGCUACUCUCUCCGUGAGCUUUGUCUCACUGGAAACCCGGUACUUCAGGAAAUAAACUGGAGGCAUUCUAUACUUAAAAUAUUACCUGCUCUAAGAAUCCUCAAUGGUGACAUCCUAAAACCUCACUCAGAUGUCCAUAUUGAAGAAGAACACUAUCACCAAGACCUAGAAUGUUUAUUGGCACUUUGUCAGUAUCAACUUCAAGAGUUCAACUUAUUAACUGACAAGUAUAUCACACAGAAGGGGGACAUUCUCACUUUGCCUGGUGCAGACAAACUCUGUCAGCACUAUGAGAACUUAAUGAAACUCAGUAAUGAGUGCAGACGUGCACAUGAACAUGGGGAUGUAAAUAUCAUCAAGAAGGCUGAACCAGAAACUGAGAAAAAACAUCCAGCAUCUUCAAACACCAACAGCAUACUCCAAAACAAGGUCUUCCAUUCUUGGACUGAUUCACCAGAUCCUUCUGAAAACCUCAUGGUCUCUGGCUCCAGACCUUCCCCAUUCAAAUGGGAGGAACCAGAAGGAAGAAGUCAGGAGAAAAACAUGGCACAAAAGAAUGAACACAGUAGAAUAGGCAGCCCCUCCACCAGAAGAGCCUCAUUCCGAGAAAUGAAGAUGGCAAAUUCUCCAAUGGAUAAUCAUCAAAAUACUGAGCCCGGUGAAACAAGUAAGGCAGCUGGGUUAAUCCAAGCCCAAUGGCGUAGUUACGUUGCACACAGACAGAUCAAUUGCUCUGCAAAAACACAACCUACCACAACAGAACUGCUGCAUAAUCCCUUCACUAAUAACCAGACUACUUCAAAUGAAGAAAGAAGAAAAAAUAUUAUGAAUAUCCAAGAUCUGAGGGAGAAGGCUGCUCUUCAUAUUCAGGCAGUUUGGAAGGGCUUUAUUUUACGAAAGAAACUGGCUAUGGCCCUGGAGGCUCUCAGGAAUGAAGAAUCUGGAGAAGAAUAUGAAGAAAUAGAUUUAGAGGAUUUUGAAUAUGAUGAGGAUGCCUUGGAGAAAGACCGGCCAGUUUUAGAUUCCACCGGCUUCCCUUCACAAACACUGCCUUCCUCGAACCAGCUGCCCUGGCCAAAGAAUAAGAACUCUCAGGCUUUGAAACAUGAUGAAACUUCACUUCCUGUACCAACUCGUCCAGCUCAGGCAUGGCUAUGGAAUGAGAAAGAAAAUUUGUUUUCAUCAGAACAGACACAGUUAAGUAGCAGCAGAUCAGAAAACAGAACUUUAUCUCAGACACCUGAAUCAACCACCAGUAGGAAGAGUUUACUGCAAUCUGAAAAAGAAGAAAAAAUUUCAGAAGAAUGGGGCUUUAAGAAUAUAUCCACAGCUCAGCAGAUGCUAAAGAGAGCGCAGAAAAUGAAAUCAAAAAAAUUAAGGAAAAAAUUAGACCCCUCUGUGCGACUAGCAUUAUUCAAAAAAAACAAUCAUGAAGUUUCUGUUACAAAGCCAUCGAAGAAGACAUGGCUCAGGAGAGAUAAUUACUUUGAAGACGAGGAGGAAGAUGCCCUCUCCAAGCUGACCACUGUGAAUGAAAAGUCAGAAAGAAGUCAUGAGUACACCUACCAGUGGCUUCAUACACAAGUUGGCGUUCCAGAAACAACUAGUUCCAGAGCCCAGAAAUGCAAUCACUUCUUGCCUGAGUUAGAUCCAGAUGUACUUCAUGGUGGAAGAGUUCAACUUGUGGCAAGACUUGUAAGCAGAGAAGACACGGAUUUAGACCUUUCUUCCAUGACCAGUGGAAGUGCUUUGUCUGUGCACAGAGAAAAAAAAAGCCAGGCACGCAGAGACUCAUCGGGAUCCUCAACAAAUACAGUAUGCAAAAUGUUGCACUCGGCUCAGGGCUCAGAGGACCUAUUAAUCUGCAUCUGGAAUGCCUUUCUCGAAGCUGAAGCCAGGUUCUCCAGUGACUCUCCUCAGCACACUCUGUGUAAUAGGAUCCAGUGAACUUCUGCUUUCCCUUUUGUUUUUCCGGCUCUCUGGUGAAAUUCUUCAUCCCGAGAUGACUAACCAGAUUUCAAGAUGCAUUUGUUUAGUUUUUAUCCCCCAUGCACCUUUGGAGUCCUGUUGCAUUUCAAACCUGUAAAUCUCUUUUAACCUGAUUGGGAUAGAAAUGUUAAUGAGCCUUGGGCUGUCAAUCUAUAAAGAAAACAUAGAUUCCUAUGUUUCAGCCUAGAAGCUGAGCUCCACAUGUCCUUGUUUUGUGAACACUGUUAGGUCAUCCCUUUGCUAACAACAUCUACAAAUCAGCAUAAUGUAAUGAUGGAAAAUAUUUUAUCUCAGCUUAUUUUCAACUCAGAGGGAGAAAACCACAUUAAAGCUGACAUCGGUAGGUUUUAUGGUUCAUAUACCUACCCAAUGAAGUGGAAAGGCUAGUAUGAGAAAUGAGACGUUUAUUAUUCAACUGUUUUAGUAUGUAAGAGAAACUUCAUAGCUUUUUUUCUUUUAUAAGCUUUUGUGACUUUUUUCCCAUAAUAUUAAUUGUGAAGAUGAUUGCUAUUGAUGUUCUUAAAUUUGUAGGUGAGGGUUGAUAAAUGUGAAUAAAACUGCUCCUGAAAUGGGGUGCUUAAAUCAGAAGAUCUUUAUAGUGUGAUUUAUUUGUGCCUACUCUGAAACUGAUUAUCUAAAGAACCUUAUAUUUCAAACCUGUUGUUUUAUAGUACCACUAGUAUACUUGUGUUUA